AUUUCUACUAAAAAUGUAAAGUGGGAGUGAUGAUUAGCAUGGCCCUUUUACCGUGUGAACAGCUCCAAAUAAUUAACGUCGUUUGCUGCUCUCCGCCUAUGAACGUUUGGGUUCCGAAGACCUCUACCAAAGCCGCUGGCUUCCGGUCGUCCGCCAAUUCGCCAUGUUUUCUCGCUCUAGGAGUACAGAGUUCGGGCUUCACUCUGUUUUAAGAAAAUCCAUGUUCAGAAAUCAAGCAGCGACGAAGUCCUCUCGACGACAUCCCGCAUAUUUCGUCUCUGAGCGGCCAUUGACCUUGGGUUUCGCUAUCUCAGCUGUCAUGGGUACUACUUCUCAUAGCAGUUAAUGGGUUAUGCAUUCAGGUUCCUAGGGCUCAAAUUUAUGCUGAGCAUAGUGUCAUCUUAAUCAUCAAUGUUGAUUGAAAAGGGGACGAUGAUGAAGAGGUAGUGUUGAUGUUCUGCACACAUUGUUGCCUUCUUGAUGUUAGAUCUGCAUCGAGUGAUGUUUUAUGCCAUCUGCUAAGCAAUUUGAGGACUCACAUGAUUUUAUUUGGUUUAAUAUUCAUACCUGAUUUUUAUAUUAGUAUGAGAAUAUGUUUGACAUAUUUGGGAGUUAUUUUCUGUUAGAACUUAACUUAAUUUAGUUUUCAAUUCUCCUAAUUUUCUAUUAUAGUAUACCAAUAACAAUUACUAUGUAUUCAAAUCUAAGUAGUUUUUAAGUCCAAGUGAGUUCUUUGCAUCAUUUGUAGCUGAUUUAUGAAAACAAGACACUUGAAAUACUAUAAAGCUCCUACUUUUUCAAAGGGUCGUGUAGGUCAUUAUAUUUCUUAAUAUCACUAACAAUGGGGACAUUUUUUCCUUCUAUUAUAUUGAGAUUAGUUUUUUUUCAAAACUAAUUCUGACUUCUAAGUAAUGAAUUAAUUUUGCUAUUAACGUAGGGAUACUUUGUUCUUCUUUUGUGGAUGCUGGUGUUCUACAAAAUUGUGAGUAAUCAUUAAUUUGAAUGUGAGGAUCAAUUUUGUGCAUUUCUUGUUUACUUUCUUUUGUAGCACGCUAGAUUGCUGCGUGGAAACAAAAAAUACUAUAAACCUCCUGAGUGAUGAUUAGGAAAGUUAUAACCAUAUGGCAAAUGAUAGUAAUUUUUUUAGGUUAUAAUCUUCCUAUUAUUCUACUCUGGUCCACUUUUCUUCUUCAAGGUAUGUUAUCUUUUCCCACUUUGAUUUGCUCUGGGGUCUCCAAAUCAUUGACAUUUACCUUUUUUUUCUUAAUUGUAAUUUCAAAUCACAGACUCAGAGAAAUGAUAUCAAAGAUAUGAAUGCAAAGAAGAAUAUAUCUGAGCGAAUAGGCUCAACUACAGUCUCUGAGAUACAAUUGCUCUACCUUGCCAUCUAAAAACUGUGGCACUCUAUAUGUACUUAAGAGGAGUGUGUCUGAGGAAGAAGGGAGUGGGGCUCCUUUUUCCAGAAACUCAUGAAGGAACACAGGAAAGGAUUUCAACACUCAUUUGUUGUAAUAUUUGGGUGGGGCUGAUAAGCAUUACAUAUGGGAUAUGAACAAAAUAGAAGUUUGGGCCUGGUUCUCAUAUGCAACAAAGUACUUCUCCAUCCCUCGAGGUUGAUGGAGGAUCUGUUUUAUCUGUUGAAGCUCGUUGGUCCCAGAAAGUCUUAUAUGAAGAUGGGUAUCAUGAGGGACCUCAGAAGCGACUGUCUGAUGGCUAUAGGGCAUCAGGAGCUCUCGUCCAGUGGCUACAGAGGCGAGGCUCCAGUGACUCAGGGAAAUUUUUGGGGUCAUGCCGGCUGGUUCACUUCCUUUGUCUACCAGGGUUAUUAUUCAUCAAAUCUUUCAUUUCAUAUUUUUCAUAUGUUUGGAAUCUUGGCCACAUGCAAUUUGUGAAACACCACACCUGAUCAGGUCAUAACCUCAUGCUCUAUGCGAUUUUGCUAACUUUGUAUGUGUGCAUCUAAUUAUACCUGCAAAGAUAUCGAUUUAUUGAGAUCCCAUUUUCAACUUGAUAGGUAAACUAUUUUUUUACUUAUCAAAUUUCAUUUUUCCAUAAUUUAAUGUAUCCUUUUGUGAUUUAAGCAUUUAUAGAAAGGGCUUACGUCUGAUAGAAGAACAAUAGGGAAGAAAGUGGCAGUGCAUCUCGUGGAUAUUCUAAGGCUAUGAUGGAUAUUCUGAAAAAAUAAUAGAAAACUAUGGAUUAGAUAGGAAAGGUUUUAAAAUAUUAACCCUGUAGAAGCCUAGAAGUCUAGGUAGCCAUUUUUGACGCUACACCUUAGGCUUAUUAGAGUUAUGGUAAGAUUAUUUGCCAAACACUAAAUGUACACCGAAUUGGUCAUUAGAGAGAAAGCAGAGUUGGGGGCCUUUUCCCCCAAAGUUGCUGAAAUUAAUUGAGAGGAUCAUAUUGGCAUUUUCCAUAUACAUGUUAUUUAUUUCUUCAAUAAUAUAUUUAUGUGCUAUUUUUUCAGAGUUAUGCAAUUUUAGCAACUUGACCAAUGCCAGGCAUAAUUCCAGCCAUAUUCAUCCACUCAAAAUGAAAAAAAGAACUUGUUCUUUUAGUGGAUAGAUAAAAUGUGAACAAGUGAUUACCUGUUUUUCAUAUGAUAAAAUAGUAAUUAUAAUUAUCUAUUUUUUCCAUGUGUGAGUAUGAAUAUAUUCUUUUUCUGUGCAGUAAAAUGGCUGAUAUACAUGCCUUUGAUAAAGAAUGAGACAAUAACAACUUGAUCAAGUGUACUGAGAGUGGUGUUUCCGUGGAUUUGAAGAAUGGGUAGACGCUUGGGUUUCUGGCCAAUUGAAACUCUCCAUGAGAGACCUAAGUUUUUGCCACCAUCCGACUAAUCUACCCAACCCUUAAGUUAGGAUGUUUCAGCAGUGAAUCUCCCACUUCCUCCAUGGCGUGGAGGUAAAUGGGGAGCAAGAAACAAAACAAGUUGAAGCUCCAAAAGGCCAUAUUCGCCACCGCGAGAACUCUCCCGACGUACAAUCUCCGACCGCUCCCUCUCUGCUCCUCCUCAGCCUUAGCUACAAUCUCGC